GCUGAUCAGUCGGCCGCUUCCGUCCCGUCGGAGCUUGUCAGUCCGUUAGCAGCUCCGUUCGCCGGCUCCUGUGGGUUGAGUCCGUGGAUUUGCUGUACCGAGAGCACGCUCGUUCGCGAGUAUUAUCGCUCGCGCGACAGCAUCCGAAGUUAUACGAGGACCACGCUUUUGUCCUUCGACGUCCACGAUCUCGUUGCCGCACAGACGUUACAGCUGACGCGCCGUCUUCGCGACUCCAGGGCCCAGCCAGGAUCCACCUCUGCCGCCGAUUAAACGUCACUAGACUCGAACCGGACCGCGAUACCGCAACAAUGUACAACGGAUACCCGCAAACGCAAAGCAGUUUUAGGACCAGGGGAAAUCGAGACCAUGCUAAUCGCACUGGAGGAAGUGGCGGAACUUACUGGAACAGUCAGCAACAGAGCCAGAAGGAAUAUGGUGCAAAGAAACAGAACAGGAAGACUCCAGGCGAUUUGUUAAAGAAACCUAGUUGGGAUCUGUCCAAAUUGCCCACAAUAACAAAGAAUUUAUAUGUUCCCCAUAUAAAUGUUCUGAAUAGAACACCUGACGAGAUUAACACAUAUCAUGCGGGCAAGGAAAUUACUGUCAAAGGCAAUAAUACACCUUCUCCAAUCCAAGCCUUUGAGGAGAGCAAUUUUCCAGACUAUGUAAUGGAGGAAAUCAAGAAGCAAGGAUUUGCCGAACCUACUGCAAUUCAAGCUCAGGGCUGGCCAAUUGCACUUAGUGGACGAGAUCUUGUUGGGAUUGCACAAACUGGUUCUGGGAAGACCUUGGCAUAUAUCCUUCCGGCGACGGUGCAUAUCAAUCAUCAGCCUCGUCUCAACCGCGGCGAUGGUCCAAUUGUUCUGAUUCUCGCUCCCACGCGCGAAUUGGCCCAACAAAUUCAAACAGUGGCGCGUGAUUUCGGUUCGUCAUCGUGCAUUCGCAAUACGUGCAUCUUCGGUGGCUCGCCAAAGGGGCCUCAAGCUCGCGAUCUUGAACGCGGGGUGGAAAUUUGCAUCGCGACACCUGGCAGGUUGAUCGACUUCCUCGAAAAAGGCACUACUAACCUACGUAGAUGCACGUAUUUGGUAUUAGACGAGGCCGAUCGAAUGCUGGACAUGGGUUUUGAACCGCAGAUCCGCAAAAUUAUCGAACAGAUCCGGCCUGAUCGGCAGGUGCUCAUGUGGUCUGCCACUUGGCCCAAAGAAGUGCAAGCUCUUGCCGAGGAUUUUCUCACCGAUUACAUCCAGAUUAAUAUCGGCUCUUUGACUUUGGCAGCCAAUCACAAUAUCCGACAAAUCAUCGAAAUCUGUCAGGAACACGAGAAAGAAUUGAAACUGUCGCAAUUGUUGCGCGAAAUCGGAACCGAACGCGGCAGCAAGAUGAUCAUUUUUGUGGAGACAAAAAAGAAGGUGGACGAUAUCACGAAGACGAUCAAACGCGAGGGCUGGUCAGCUAUCUCGAUUCACGGCGACAAAUCGCAGCCGGAGCGCGAUUACGUUUUGUCAGAAUUUCGCAAUGGAAAAACUAUGAUUCUUGUCGCGACCGAUGUGGCGGCACGCGGCUUGGACGUCGAGGACGUUAAGUACGUCAUUAACUUCGAUUAUCCUAACAGCUCCGAGGACUACAUCCACAGGAUCGGCAGAACUGGCCGCUGUCAGAGCGCCGGCACCGCCUAUGCUUAUUUCACACCGAAUAACGCGAGACAGGCAAAAGAAUUGAUUGCGGUGCUAGAAGAAGCUGGUCAAUCUAUAAAUCCACAACUGGCAGACAUUGCAAAUUCUAUGAGGAACCAAUAUGGCAAAGGACGACAGCGAUGGAGCCACGGACGAAGCAAUAAAGAUAACAAUCCUCACGGCAGUCCUAGGAACAAUAUCAGUCCGACGAUAAGUAACUGGCAGAAUCAGCACAUACCGCACCAGACGAACCAGCACGUACAUAGUCAGAUGGCGCAGGAGAAAAUGGUGACGCGUCAUCAGCGUAACAGCGGUUAUCAAGUCAAUCGUCAAAAUAAUUAUCAGGCGCAGCAUUCUUAUCAACAGCAGCAACGACAGUCCACUAACGGCUAUCAAAAUGGUUACCAGGCGGCUAACAGCACGUGCCAACCGGCACAUCAAACCGCUAGCGCACCCAGAUACCAAGGUAGAACCACUGGUUAUCAGGGUAAUCGUUUUCAAAAUCGACAGAACGGCUUCAGCGGCGGACAGAACGGGCCGAAUGUGUAUUCGAUGCCGCCGCCCUUCAUGAUGCCGUCCGGCGGGCACGCGGACUCCGGGAUACAAAAUCUCGUGAACAACAAAUUCUUCCAGACCAAUCGACCGCCGCCCAACGCCGGCGCUUGCGCCUACCAAUCGAUGGGCCAUUACAGCCAGUUUCAAGCAGUGCCGACAUACGGAUACCCGUAUCCGCCCACGCCGGUGCAGCAGUGACGCUUCCCGCGGUGCAAGACCGUCGGAGUACGGGCUAAAUGAAGAAUUAGGUAAGCAAGCAGGCAAGGGGCCCCGCCUAUCGGGCGCUCUUGUAUAUGAUAGCAGAUCCAAUUUAGCUGCGGUAGACUGUCGAUGAUAAUUAAUUGAUCUGUAAGAAUUUGAAUAGUCUUAUUUUGAAAUAUUUAUGUGGUGUAUUCUGGAAAUUAACUACUGGAACUCGAACUCUUUAACCGGUCGGAAUCUCUCUUGGACUUUAACUCGUGAAAUUUCUUUAACACCUUGUAAAAGGGAAUUAUCUUUAUUAAAAAAGAAGUUACUAAUAUUGUUUUGUUUUCUAAAGAGAUAAUAUCAAAGAUUUGUAAAGAUUUGUUUGUUUUUUUUUUGUUUUUUUUUUUUUUUUUUUUUUUU